GAAUUCAGACAGCUCCAAACUUCCAUUAUCACCCUCUCAAAAACAGCCAAGAAAUGAUCUUUUCUUAAUUACAAUCUUAAAUUCAAACCUUUAUCACUCCAAAAAGGUAAAAAAAAAAAAAAAACACAAUCCAAUCCCCAAUGGCUUCAAUCAAGCCAUCGUAUCUGUACGCCAACGCCGCCACUUCUUCCAUAGAUUCUCUCCGAUCUUCUUCCAAAUCCGAUCCCUCAUCCUCCACCGACCUAUCCCCUCGCCCCCACAACCCCCACUCCUUGUCACGCGCUCUGACGCGCCCUCACGCGCCGUCCACCACACGUCACAACUUCGGGUCCUUGGUCAAGAAAUUGGUGGAGCACAAAUCUGGGCCAUCGAUUAAAUCGAAGCCUAAGGGUGAGCUGAAAUUGAUUGUUCCGGUGGAUUUCGUGGCGAAAAGGGGAAAUGGAUUGAGUGCUUUGCACAAGAAGUUGUUCAAGGGAGUAGUGAAAAGAGAUGAAGGGAGUGAGAAGAAGAAGAAGGCUUUAACUGAAGUUAAAGCGAAUACGAGGAGUUUAGCUAUGGUGUUGAGAAGUGAGAGGGAGUUGUUGAGUAUGAACAAGGAGCAAGAGAAUGAGAUUGAUGAACUCAAAUUGAAUAUUGAAGAGAAAAACAAAGAGGUUGAGAAGUUAAAGGAUUUGUGUUUGAAGCAGAGGGAAGAGAUAAAGUCGUUGAAAAAUGCCGUACUAUUCCCAGAUGUUAUGAAUUCUCAACUUCAGGAACUUGUGGAGAAGCAGGGAUCAGAACUCAAACAGGCAAACCAGCUUAUACCAAGUCUACAAAAGCAAGUCACUUCUCUUACAGGACAACUACAAUGCCUCGCCUAUGAUCUUGCUGAGGUUAAAGCAGAAAAAUACUCUCUAAGAGGGUGUUAUGAUUCUCUUGAUAGCUCCCCAAGGUCACCAGAAUACGAUCAAGAAGAAGCAGGGAAUUCUCUGGAAUUCAGUUCUGAGAACACAAUUUCCCCCGGUAGUCCAGAUGACAUGCUUCUCAAGGACUUAAAUCCAUGUUUAACGCCUUAUUCUGCCAAGACGAAGUCCAAGGAAUUUGAGUUCAAUUCUCCUGAUGACAAGAACUUGCUUAGAAACAAUAUACAAGUGUACCAUGACACUAGCUACAGCUACAAUUCUUGUGCAAGCAAAGUAUCGAAAAGUUCAGGCUGUUGUCAAAGUUCAAAGGCAGCCAACAAUUCAAUUCGCGCAGCUCGUGGAUCUGAUGAAAGCAAAUACACAUACAGAAAGCAGAUCCACAAUAUGUUCUAAGGUUAUUAUUGAUCCUCAACAAGCAUCUUUAUAGCUUUGGUUUGAUUAAGGCCACAUUGAGAUGAAAUUAAAUUGAAGAAACAUGGUCAGUGAGUAUUCAUAUAGCCGAAUCCAACUUAUUUAGGAUUGAGGCACAAAGUUUUUUUUAAGGAUUUUUGUUGCAUUUUACAACUAAGAUUAUGUGAUGCACUUAUAUAUUUUGUUUACUUUACAUUUAUGUGCAAAAUUUGGAGCUUUUUGAGCUUCAAAACCAUAUACAUUGCUCAUUAGUCAAUAAAA